AUGGGAGGUGGACAGGAGAAUCCUGAGAGUCGUGAAAAGGGAAUGUUUUCUCACCUUGCGGCCUAUGCAGCUGGAGCCGGGCAUUAUCCUCCCCAUGGAUAUCCUCCCCCACCUGCUGGUUAUCCUCCCCCACCUGCUGGUUAUCCUCCCCCACCAGCUGGAUAUCCUCCCGCUGGUUAUCCUCCGGCAGGAUACUCACCAGCCGGUUAUCCUCCAGCAGGAUACUCACCAGCUGGUUAUCCUCCGGCAGGAUAUCCACCUGCUGGAUACCCUCCCCCGCAAGGAUACCAUCCGGCGGGUUAUCCCAGCUCGUCUCAUCUUCCAGGCCAUUUUCCGACAAUGCUAGCUGGAGGGGCGGCGGCAGCUGCAGCAGCAUAUGGGGCCCACCAUUUGGCGCACGGCGGGUACCACCAUCAUGGCGGGUUUUAUGGCCACCAUGGCAAGUUCAAGCACGGAAAGUUCAAGCAUGGUAAGUUUGGAAAGCGCUGGAAGCACGGUAUGUUCGGGAAGCACAAGUUCAUGAGGUUCAAGAAAUGGAAGUGA